UCAGUGGAAGUGGUCAGCGGGGACUCUGCUAUGGAGGAGGCCGCUAGACUAUGAAAGGAGAAUGAAGACUUGAAGCGCAAGUUGAGUGAAGCACUGUGCCAUGUUGGUUAUGACCGAGUUAUGUAUUUGCAGAACAAAAUCGUGGAGCUGCGUUGCAAGGUUGCCGAGAAGCAGGUCAAUGAGGAUGUGAUUGCUGCCUUGAAGACCGAGAUUUGUGAGCUUAAGCAGUCUGCCUUUAUGAAGACCAAUUCCGAACAAGAAAUUGCGGGGUUAAGGAAGGAAGUCAAUCCUCUGCGGGAUCAAAAUGAGCGUGUUGUUCUGGAAAUUGGGCAAUGGAAGGAACAAGCCCUUCGUCCGGGCAACAAGCGGGGCAGUGUGGUGUUGCAGACACCGGAUGUUUCCAAUCGAGGUUCACCUAAACCAGGAUGGACGGAUAAUGUAAGGGAGGAAGGUAAAUGGAAAGCAGAAUAUAGGAAUAUUCAGAGUCUGCAUCGUCUGGCCAACAUUGAAGUCGAGGCGCUCAAGGAAAAGCGGGUUGAAGGGGAAGCUCGUCGAAUGGAGGCAGAAAAGCAGGUCAAGGUUUUGGAGGAGAAGAUGGGACAGUUGAUGGUUAGUGGGGAGAAAGGUAUUGGCAAAGGGAAAUCAGUGGAAGUGGUCAGCGGGGACUCUGCUAUAGAGGAGGCCGCUAGACUACGAAAGGAGAAUGAAGACUUGAAGCGCAAGUUGAGUGAAGCACUGUACCCUGUUGGUGAUGACCGAGUUAUGCACUUGCAGAACGAAAUCGUGGAGCUGUGUCGCAAGGUUGGCGAGAAGCAGGUCAAUGAGGAUGUGAUUGCUGCUUUGAAGACCGAGAUUUGCGAGCUUAAGAAAUCAGCCUUUAUCAAGACCAAUUUCAAACAAGAAAUUGCGGGGUUAAGGAAGAAAGUGAAUCUUCUGCGGGAUCAAAAUGAGCGUGCUGUUCUGAAAAUUGGGCAAUGGAAGGAACAAGCCCUUCGUCCGGGCAACAAGGGGGACAGUGUGGUGUUGCAGACACCGGAUGUUUCCAAUCAAGGUUCACCUAAACCACAAUGGACGGAUAAUGUAAGGGAGGAAGAUCAAUGGAAAGCUUGGUAUAGGAAUCUUCAGAGCCUGCAUCGGCUGGCCAACAUUGAAGCCGAGGCGCUCAAGGAAAAGCGGGCUGAAGCAAGAGCUCGUCGAAUGGAGGCAGAAAAUCAGGUCAGGGUUUGGAGGAGAAGAUGGUACAACUGAUGGUUAGUGGGGAGGAAGGUAAUGGGAACGGGGGUACGAAUCGUGCCGAAUUUGUUGUGGAACAAAAGCGCAAUUGUGAA